AUGUCCGCCAUCCUCUCCGCGGACGACCUCAACGACUUCAUCUCCCCAGGUGUCGCCUGCAUAAAGCCGAUUGAAACACUGCCACCCGCGCCAGCAGACGAAAAUCCCUACGAACUCAAAUUCUCGAAUGAGGCGCCCCUCCCCUCCGACUUGCCACCGGCAGAGAUCAGCCUCACAGAUUGCCUCGCGUGCUCCGGCUGUGUGACGUCUGCUGAGGCCGUGCUUGUGAGUUUGCAGAGCCAUGCGGAAGUGUUGAAUGCACUGGACACGGCGCCAGCACUGCAGCUCGGGCAGGAUGGUGGGAUACAAAGCGGGGUAGGGAGUCAGGACGGGAGGAUAUACAUCGCAAGCGUGUCCCCGCAGAGCCGAGCCAGUAUAGCCGCUGCUUAUGGCAUAUCAGAGCGCGAGGCAGGGUACAUGAUUGAGCAGCUCCUGAGCGGGCCUCAGGGACUGCGCAUAGGAGGCGAGCAAAAAAACGGGUUCCAGUGGGUGGUGGAUACGAAUGUUGCGAGAGAAGCAUGCUUGGUUCUAGGAGCUGAGGAGGUGGCGGCGUCUAUGCAAGGUGGCAAAGAAGGACCUACCAAACCUAUCCUCACGAGCUCGUGUCCAGGCUGGAUCUGUUACGCGGAAAAGACGCAUCCUCAUGUUCUACCGCACUUAUCACGGUUAAAGUCGCCACAGGCACUCAUGGGGACGCUCCUCAAGACGACGCUUAGCAAGAAGCUGAAGAUCUCGCCAGAUCGGAUAUGGCAUGUAGCAGUCAUGCCAUGCUUCGACAAGAAGCUAGAAGCGAGUCGUGAGGAACUCACAGACGUUCACUGGGACGGGGAGACAUCGCCUGGGACAAAAGGGGUCAGGGAUGUUGAUUGCGUUAUCACAAGUAAGGAACUAAUAAUGCUCGCCGAAUCACGAGGCAUUGAUUUCGCGGCAUUGCCUCGCUCGCAACUUCCAUCUUCGCAAUCAUUCCCAGAUCAAGCACUACACAACUUCCUCUUCCCACCACGCUCAUCUAUCAAAAACAACGGAGAUCGCGCGGCGGGUACAUCGGGCGGCAACCUCCAUUAUAUCCUCCAAUACUUCGCAUCUCAACAUCCAGGAAGCACUAUUCAAACCGUCAGAGGCCGGAACGCCGACGUGAUAGAUUAUAACAUCAUCUCUUCCAGCGGCGAGACAUUAUUCAAGACCGCAAGAUAUUAUGGUUUCCGUAAUAUCCAGAAUUUAGUACGGAAGUUGAAGCCAGUGCGGCCAUCUCGGAUGCCAGGCGGACGCCCAGUUGGCGGAGCCAGGAAACCCGUGGGGAAAGCUGGUAGCUCUGUGGAGCUCAGCUACGUCGAGGUGAUGGCCUGUCCCGGCGGUUGCACAAACGGCGGAGGCCAGAUUAAAGUCGACGACCCAAUUGUAGCGGAGCGGCUGGGUAGGGAGACCAAGCCAGGGCCUCAGGAGCAGAAGGAAUGGCUUGCCGCGGUAGAUGAGGCGUAUUUCUCUGGUUCAGAGAACGGGGUUGUGAAAUCGGGCGGCAAUGGAGAGAUGGAGGUGGAUAGCCCGUCCGAUACCAUUUAUGGUAUAUCUCCCUCCCACAUCAAAAAUACCCUGUCCCACUGGGCGGACGUAACAGAUAUACCGCUUGAUAAGCUGGCAUAUACAUCCUACCGCGCCGUCAUCAGCGACGUCGGCAAGGACAAGACAACCGACACGGAGCGUGUUGUCCAGCUCGCAGGCAAGAUCGGUGGAGGCUGGUAG